CUACCUGAGUCUCUCUCUCUCUGUGUGUCACCCACCGUGUCUCUCUUGACUGUGUCUCUGCCCUUGAGUCACUCCGCUUGAAUAUAUUUCCCCUGAAUCACUCUCCUCUGAAUUAUCUCCUUUUUUGUCUCUCCCCGUGUCUCUCUUCUUGCUCUCUCUCCCCCUGCCUCUCUCCGACUGUAACUCUCUUUCUCGUCUCCCUAUGUCUCCGUGCACGUGUUCAAACUAACCACGUCGUCUCAUUAGAACCCCCCAUCACCACCACCAGCAACCACGUUGUGCCGCCGUGAGUCGUGAGAAGAUGCUCAACGUUCAGGCUCGGCGUACGUCGAGCGCCGCACUGCACCCGCUGCUCACGCGUCUCUGGGGGGACGCGGGGCGCCUGGCCGAGGCUCGGGUGGCUACGACCACCCCUCUUCUCUCCGCCCCACUGCACCACUCCACCGCCCGGCAGGCAGCAGCAGCAGGAGGGGCGGGGGCCCGGUACAGCUACGUGGUGGUGGGGGGCGGCAGCGCAGGCUGCGUGAUAGCUGGGCGCCUCUCCGAGGACCCGGGGGCCAGCGUGCUGCUGCUCGAGGCCGGGCCCCGGGACACGGUGCUGGGCAGCAAGAGGCUCGCGUGGAAAAUCCACAUGCCCCUGGCACUCGCCUACAACCUGUGCGAUGAUAGGUACAACUGGUGCUACCACACGGAGCCCCAGGAGCACAUGGAAGGACGCGCCCUCUACUGGCCACGUGGCAGAGUGCUGGGGGGCUCCUCGUCCCUCAAUGCCAUGGUCUACAUUCGCGGCCACGCGCUCGACUACGACGCGUGGGAGCACGACCACGGCGCGCGGGGCUGGUCGUACGCGCACUGCUUGCCCUACUUCCGCCGCGCGCAGAGCCACGCGCUGGGCGCGGACCCGUACCGGGGGGGCGACGGCCCCCUGCACGUGUCGCGCGCCGCCCCCGGAGACCCCCUGCACGAGGCCUUCCUGGAGGCGGCGGCGCAGGCUGGGCAUCACAUCACUGGGGACAUGAACGGGUACCGGCAAGAGGGCUUUGGCUGGAUGGAUCGCACCAUCCACCAGGGCAAGCGCUGGAGCACGGCGUGUGCCUACCUGCACCCGGCGCUCUCCCGGCCCAACCUGGAGGUGCGGCACCGAGCCAGCGCCACUCGUGUGCUCUUCGAGGGCGACCGUGCCGUGGGCGUGGAGCUGCUGCGAGCGGGGGUCAUGGAGCGGGUGUACGCGGAGCGGGAGGUGAUUCUGUGCGGAGGAGCCAUCAACUCGCCCCAGCUGCUGCUGCUGUCCGGCAUCGGACCCGAGAAGGAGCUCAAGAGGCUCGGCAUCCCGGUGCUCGUCAACAGUCCCGGCGUGGGCCUGAACCUGCAGGACCACCUGGAGGUGUACGUGCAGCAGCAUUGCCUGCAGCCCGUGACGCUCUACGGCCUCCUGCGGCCGCACCGCACGAUCAGUGCGGGCCUCCAGUGGCUGCUGCGCUUCACAGGCCCCUGUGCCACGGCCCACAUGGACACGGGGGGGUUCGCUCGCUCGGAGCCCUCGGUGGCUCACCCUGACGUCCAGUUCCACUUCUUGCCCGCCCAGGUGAUCGACCAUGGCCGCGUCGACCCAACCAUGGAGGCCUUCCAGGCCCACGUGGGGUCGUUGAGACCAACGAGUGUGGGCUGGCUCAAGCUGCGAUCCACCAACCCCACGGAUCCCCCCGUGAUCCAGCCCAACUACCUGAGCACAGAGCGCGACGUGUGGGAGCUGCGCCGCUGCGUGGAGCUGGCGCGUGACAUCUUCUCGCAGCCUGCCCUGGGCCCCUUCCGGGGUGCCGAGGUGUCGCCGGGUCCCGACGUCACCUCGGCAGUGCAGCUCGACGCGUGGGUGCGCCGGCAUGCCGAGACCGCCUACCACCCAUGCGGCACGUGCCGCAUGGGCGACACGGCCAAUGCCGUGGUGGACGAGCAGGCGAGGGUGCGCGGGGCGGGCGGCCUGCGCGUGGUCGACGCCUCGGUGUUCCCGUGCCUGCCCAGCGGCAACACCAACGCGCCCGUGGUAAUGGUGGCCGAGAGGGUGGCCGACAUGGUGAGGGGUCGCGAGCUGCUGCCGCCCAGUGGCGCACCCGUCUACUCGGCGUGAGCUGGGGGAGGUGGUGGUGGGGAGUGGUCAUGCAGCAUUUAGCGCGCUGCACUAAAAACACGGUUAUCUAAGUUCGUUUCACACUCAUGGCCAACACCAGUGACGAUUAUUUGAACUGGUCCUCGGCCUCCCCUAAGUCGACUCAACAUCAAAUGAGUACCUGGUGCAGUGUGUAAACAUCGCCACUAAGAAGACAAAUGCGACCGUGCUUGGUGCUGGCCACCCACUUCCUCGUGCACUGUGCCGGCCUCGAUAGGUGCUCGCUAACAGCACUUUCCCCAACAGUCUGUUAAAACUUUUUGGGGAUCUUUGUCGUUGUUUUUGGUGAUGGCCUUGCUGAUGGUAAUGGUGAUCAUGCUAGUGGAGGUGGUGGUGUUGAUGAUGAUCGCGACGACGAUUAUGUUUAUUGUGAUGAUGAUGGUGGUGGUAGUGGUGAAGAUAAUCGUGACAAUGCUAGUGGUGGUUGUCGUGAUGCAUCGUCGAUGUGACUGGGAAGCAACAUCCUCAUCAAUACUCUUUGGUUCUUUCGGUAAAGUUACGUAGGUAUAAAAUAAAAUCAAUCGCGACGUUUCGGGCGCAACACAAGCGUCCGUCAUCAGGUGGGAAAGCAUGAUCUGCUGCUGAGGCAGACUUUUAAAAGUUUGAAAUGGGUGUAUCCCAAGGGUCAUAAAGAAGUGGGUGAGGCUAGUGAUGUUAUUGUAAGAAACUAACAUGUAAAUGUAAGAUCGGAGAGUGGCCUCCUCGACGAGGGCAUGGAAGUGGCUAUGUUAAUGUGAGAGAUAAGCAUGUUAAUGUUAAAUCGAAUAGUGUUGCAAUCCAAAGGCAUGAGAGUGCAACCCAAAGGGUGCAAUCCAAAGGGCAUGUGAGCAUGAGAGUGCAAUCCAAAGACAUUAGAGUACAAUGCAUAGGAAUGUACAACCCGCAAAGCUGUCUCCCCAGCCAUGCGGAGACAACCUUCUGAGGAUCCAACCAAAACCAUCACUUUACCGUACAUACAGUGAGGGAAAAAAGUAUUUGAUCCCCUGCUGAUUUUGUACAUUUUCCCACUGACAAAGAAAUGGUCAGUCUAUAAUUUUAAUGGUAGGUUUAUUUGAACAGUGAGAGACAAUAACAACAGAAUCCAGAAAAACGCAUGUCAAAAAUGUAUCAGCUUGCAAGCAUCAGAAUGAGAGAACCCUUUGAGAUGUUUUUGUUGUCCAAAAUUAUCCUUAAUAAAAAUCCGGAUGGUAACCCUACGUGUUCCACACUGGCCAGACGCCUUGAACGAGCUGGCAGUACACUGCACGGGAACUGCCGGUGUACUUGCACUGUGGGUGUACCAACUUAGAUCCUAUACAACUGUUGCGUGGGCACAGCUGGGCGGUGCAAAAGGGGGGGGGGGUGAUUUAAGAAUCUCGACAGGAGAUGGGAAUCACAUCGGCGACCCCUGGAUCCAAUGGUGUAAAUGCUUACCCCGAGCUCUCAUACUCUGAUGGUGCAUUGUCUUUGAGUUGUGCGCCUUUUGGCGCCAUCUGGUCCAACCCAUGUGAGACUAGGCUCUAAGAAAAGCUGUCUCGGGUGUGGACCAAUCAACUUCAAGGACAGUGCAUACAUUAUCAGAGUUAUGUUUUUUGUCUGCAUUAUGACUGCAGGUAUUGUGGUCUAUGCAAACAUGACUCCUUGUAAAAAAGGUGUCAGUUUUGUUGCCAGAUAGAAGGGUAAAAAAGCAAUUAUCAUAGUAACUUGCACUAAAGACGAAUUACCUAAAUUAUCAACAGAAGGUGUAUAUCAGAUUAAUUGUGUAUGUGGCAGAUGCUAUAUUGGACAGACGGGGCAUAACAUUAGUGUAAGACUAAAAGAACACCAGAGAAAUAUUAAACUAUCGCAAACACAACUGUCGGCAGUGGCUGAACAUGCUUUCCAACAGGGACACUCAAUUGAUUUUGAUAAUGUUGAAGUGUUGUGUAAAACUAGUUCCUACUGGCAAAGACUAAUUAGAGAAUCCAUUGAAAUUGAGAGAAACAGAAAUAACUUUAAUCGCUCAGACAGCUACAGGCUCAGUGCGGCCUGGAAGCGUAUUAUUAAAUAAGAUACAUUACAAUUCCUUAUAGGGGAAACAAACACUAACUGAUUACUAACGUAGCAUAAUUACAAUAAAACACAUUACAACUGAUUACUAAUCUACAACUCGCAUCUAAAAACUGCCUGAUUACUAAUCUAGUAUAUAAUUACAAUAACACCCCCCCCUCUGCCUCAUAUCGUUGCACCUGAUGAGUUGAUGAGUUAAUGAUGACGUCACCCUGCUGCUGCUCUAUUUAAUAGCGGGAGCCAGAGCAGAGCCUCACCAUUCUGGCAAAUUUUCCCGGUGAGGUGGGGUGCAACUAUCCUGGCUUGCCAGGGGAGACACCAGGAGCACUUAGGUGAUCCUUCCAGCCCGUCUGGACCUCAAGCUGCUAUCGCCACGGCGAUCACCCGCGAGACUUAGCCACCAGCUCCGAGGCCUGCGAGGGCCCUGGCAGUGAGGCCAGGGAUGACCACGCUGCCAAGAGGCUGGGACUGCUGGAGCGUCGAGAUGGAAAUCACAGCGGACGAGGAGGGGACAUGGCGAGAGUUGAGGGCCACGGGUGCCACCGAGUUGCGAGGGAGACCGGGACGACCGAGCCGCCCAGCUAGCGGUCACAGCAGACGAAAUGGAGGCAGGGCGAGCACCAAGAGCAAUGGAUGCCACCUGCACUGCUGAGGGAACCCGGGACGAUCGAGUCCGCCAGAUGGCGAUUGCAGGAGGCAAGACGGAGACGCGGAGAGAG